UCGGCAUUUAGCAAUCGGGACUUUCGUAGCGGCCGUCGCCGAGCAGCCGACUCUGCUCGUCAGUCUAGAGAGUAAUAUCGACACGAAAAGGACCUGUUUGAGUUACCCGGUCACAUAGACAAAGAAAUCGAAAUACUACACAAAUAAUUGCAUCAAACUCUGUUUGGACGCUACAGUCGUUGCGUUAACCGGCAAAAUGGCUGAAGCGGAAGGUGGCUCCGAGCAGGAUGAUGUUUCAUUCCUGCGUACGGAAGAUAUGGUCACGCUCUCCUGCACAGCGACGGGCGAGCGUGUCUGUCUGGCCGCCGAGGGAUUUGGUAAUCGGCAUUGUUUUCUCGAAAACAUUGCCGAUAAGAAUGUGCCGCCCGAUUUGUCGCAAUGCGUCUUUGUUAUCGAACAGGCGCUGUCGGUGCGCGCGCUCCAGGAACUGGUGACUGCAGCUGGAUCAGAGACCGGCAAGGGCACAGGAUCCGGCCAUAGAACCCUGCUCUAUGGCAAUGCCAUACUCCUGCGGCAUCACAAUAGCGACAUGUAUCUGGCCUGUUUGUCAACAUCGUCGUCGAACGAUAAGCUCUCCUUCGAUGUGGGUCUGCAGGAGCAUAGCCAGGGCGAGGCCUGUUGGUGGACCGUACAUCCGGCGAGCAAACAGCGCUCGGAGGGUGAAAAGGUUCGUGUGGGUGAUGAUUUGAUUUUGGUGUCGGUUGCCACCGAACGGUAUCUGCACACAACCAAGGAGAACGAGCAGUCCAUUGUGAAUGCCAGCUUCCAUGUGACCCACUGGUCCGUGCAGCCCUACGGCACCGGCAUCUCACGCAUGAAAUACGUUGGCUAUGUGUUCGGCGGCGAUGUCUUGCGUUUCUUUCAUGGCGGCGACGAGUGCCUGACCAUACCCAGCACCUGGGGCCGUGAGGCAGGUCAAAACAUUGUCAUAUACGAGGGCGGCGUGGUCAUGGCUCAGGCACGUUCUCUGUGGCGCUUGGAAUUGGCGCGCACGAAGUGGACGGGCGGCUUCAUAAACUGGUAUCAUCCCAUGCGUAUACGUCAUAUAACGACGGGACGCUAUCUGGGCGUCAACGAUAGCAACGAGCUAAUCCUCGUUAAAAAGGAGGAGGCAUCGAUUGCAACGACGACUUUCUGCCUGAGGCAAGAAAAGGACGACGAAAAGAAAGUACUCGAGGACAAAGACUUAGAAGUAAUCGGUUCGCCGAUCAUCAAAUACGGUGACACCACCGUCAUCGUGCAGCACUGCGAGUCGAGCCUGUGGCUCAGCUACAAGAGCUACGAAACGAAAAAGAAGGGCGUCGGCAAGGUGGAAGAGAAACAGGCCAUACUCCACGAGGAGGGUAAAAUGGACGAUUGCCUGGACUUCUCCCGCUCCCAGGAAGAGGAAUCGAAGACGGCGCGCGUCAUCCGAAAGUGCAGCAGCCUCUUCACACAGUUUAUAACCGCCUUAGAGACCCUGCAAUCCAAUCGUCGACAUUCAAUAUUUUUCCAAAAAGUUAAUCUCAACGAAAUGGUCAUGUGCCUGGAGGAUUUAAUCAAUUACUUUUCGCAGCCAGAAGAUGAUAUGGAACACGAGGAGAAGCAGAAUCGUUUUCGUGCCUUGCGCAAUCGCCAGGAUCUGUUCCAGGAGGAGGGCGUGCUCAAUCUCAUUUUGGAGGCCAUUGACAAAAUUAAUAUAAUUACAUCGCAGGGCUUCUUGGCCAGCUUCCUGGCCGGCGACGAGACUGGUCAGAGCUGGGAUCUAAUCUCAACUUAUCUCUACCAGCUACUGGCCGCCAUCAUCAAGGGCAAUCACACCAAUUGUGCCCAAUUUGCGAACAGCAAUCGCCUCAAUUGGCUGUUCUCCCGCCUGGGCUCGCAGGCGUCCAGCGAGGGCUCCGGCAUGCUGGAUGUGCUCCACUGUGUGCUCAUUGACUCGCCCGAGGCGCUGAACAUGAUGAGGGACGAGCACAUUAAAGUGAUUAUAUCGCUGCUCGAGAAACACGGUCGCGAUCCCAAGGUUCUCGAUGUCCUCUGCUCCCUGUGUGUGGGUAAUGGAGUCGCGGUGCGCUCCUCGCAAAACAACAUUUGUGAUUUCCUGCUGCCCGGCAAGAAUCUGUUGCUGCAGACCUUGCUGGUGGACCAUGUGGCGAGCAUACGUCCCAACAUCUUUGUGGGACGCGUCGAUGGCUCGUCCAUGUACCAGAAGUGGUACUUUGAGGUGACCAUGGAUCACAUCGAGCAGACCACACACAUAAUGCCGCAUCUACGCAUUGGCUGGGCCAACACCUCCGGCUACGUGCCCUAUCCGGGCGGAGGCAAGAAGUGGGGCGGCAAUGGCGUCGGCGAUGACCUCUACUCGUUCGGCUUCGAUGGCGCCCAUCUGUGGACAGGAGGACGCAAGACGCUUGUGGCGGACGCACUGCCCGAGGAGCCAUACAUACGCAAGGGCGACGUCGUUGGCGUGGCCAUUGAUCUGUCCGUGCCGGUCAUUACGUUCACCUUUAACGGCAACAAGGUGCGCGGCUGCUUCAGGGACUUCAAUCUGGACGGCAUGUUCUUCCCGGUGAUGAGUUGCUCCUCCAAGCUCAGCUGUCGCUUUCUGUUUGGCGGCGAUCACGGCCGCCUGAAGUAUGCCCCACCCGCGGGCUUCUCGGCGCUCGUACAGUGCCUGAUGCCGCAUCAGAUCCUAAGCUUGGAUCCCUGCUUUUACUUUGGCAAUCUGAACAAAAAUGUACUGGCCGGUCCCUGGCUCAUCGAGGACGAUACGGCGUUUGUGCCGAAGCCAGUGGAUACGACAGGCGUGACCCUGCCCAGCUCUGUGGAUCAGAUUAAGGAGAAGCUCGCCGAAAACAUACACGAGAUGUGGGCUCUGAACAAGAUCGACGCCGGCUGGACCUGGGGAGAGCAGCGCGACGACUACCAUCGCAUACAUCCCUGCCUCACACAGUUCGAGAAGCUGCCAGCUGCUGAGAAGCGUUACGACAAUCAACUAGCGGUCCAAACAUUGAAAACUAUCAUCUCUUUGGGCUACUAUAUAACCAUGGAUAAGCCACCAGCACGCAUACGACCCGUGCGCCUGCCCAACGAGAUAUUUAUGCAGGCCAACGGCUACAAGCCGGCACCGCUCGACCUGAGCGCUGUGACCCUGACGCCCAAGCUGGAGGAGCUCGUCGAUCAGCUGGCCGAGAACACGCACAAUCUGUGGGCACGCGAGCGCAUCCAACAGGGCUGGACCUACGGCCUAAACGAGGACUCUGAAAAUCACCGCAGUCCCCACCUGGUGCCCUAUGCCAAGGUCGAUGAGGCCAUCAAGAAAGCGAAUCGGGACACUGCAUCCGAGACCGUGCGCACCUUGCUGGUCUACGGCUAUGUGCUGGAUCCGCCCACCGGCGAAGGCACCGAAGCUCUGCUAGCCGAGGCGCAACGCCUGAAGUUCGCCGCCUUUCGCACAUAUCGCGUGGAACGCAACUACGCCGUCACCUCUGGCAAAUGGUAUUUCGAAUUCGAGGUGCUGACAGCGGGUCCAAUGCGCGUGGGCUGGGCACGGGCCGAUUGCUAUCCGGGCGCCAUGUUGGGCAGCGAGGACACCAGCUGGGCGUUUGAUGGCCACAAUGAAGAGAAAGUCUACGGUGGCAACAGUGAAUCGUUUGGUAAACAAUGUGGACCCGGGGAUAUAGUCGGAGUCUUUUUAGAUCUAGCCGAUCACACAAUUAGCUUCUCGUUGAACGGAGAACUACUUAUGGAUGCCUUGGGUGGCGAGACAACGUUCGCCGAUGUCACCGCUGAGGGCGUGGGCUUUGUGCCCGCCUGCACCUUGGGAGUGGGCCAGAAGGCGCGCUUGAUUUAUGGCCAAGAUGUGGACUCCCUCAAGUUCUUUACCACCUGCGGUCUACAAGAGGGCUACGAGCCCUUCUGUGUCAAUAUGCAACGCCCUGUUACGCAUUGGUAUACCAAGGAUCAGCCGAUUUUUGAGAAUACCGAGGAAAUGCCCGAUUGCCGCAUCGAUGUGACGCGCAUACCUGGCGGAGCUGAUACUCCGCCCCAUUUGAAGAUCUCGCAUAAUACGUUCGAGACCAUGGAGAAGGCAAAUUGGGAAUUCCUGCGUCUCUCCCUGCCUGUCACCUGCAUGAGCGACUUCAUCAGUGAGCAGGAGAAGGCGAGACGCUGGGAGGAGAUCAAGCUACGCCAAUAUCGCUUGAUGCGCGAGGCACAAGAGGCAGCCAUCCAGAUGCAGACCCAAAAUGCUGCACACAUGGAUCACAUGCUCAAGUCCGGCUUCAAUAUGAACGACAUUAAGGGCUUGACGCGCAAUUUCGAUGAUCACACCGAGGCAGAGGCCGAGCAUAUGAUGCACGGCCCACCACGACCACCACGCAAAGGUUCGCUCACCCGGAAUAUAACAUUUGAGAGCGACAUGACGGCUGCCUUGGACGAGAUGCAGCGUUCGACCUCCGUAUUGGACAUGAAUGGCCUGGGCGAUGAUCUAGAUGACAAAAAGAAACGUGGCCGCAGUCCGUUCAAGUUCUUUUCGAAGAAGUCACGCGACCAGAGCCGUGAGAAGAAUGGCUCGAGAACCGCAGACACAUCGCUGGAGCGCAGAAACACAGUGGCCCAUGGCCGAAACGUGGUUAACCAGCAGAUGACAACAAGAACGCCAACGUUACGUCUAAAUAAUGCCGAAAUACCGCCCAGUCCAGUGCCUCAGGGACCAAAACAAUUGAGCUCCACGAAUUUGGGCCAGCCAUCAGUCGAAUCAUCUGGCAAUGAGAUGUUCGAUGCCGAGUGCCUUAAGCUGAUUAACGAAUAUUUCUAUGGUGUGCGCAUAUUCCCUGGCCAGGAUCCCACCCACGUCUACGUCGGCUGGGUUACCACCCAAUACCAUUUGCAUAGUCGCGAAUUCAAUAAGAAUAAGGUGCGACGCGCCUCGGUCUACAUUGAGGACUAUUAUGAAGUGCCCAUUGAGCGCAUUGAUCGUCAGAGCUGUUAUGUGGUGCGCGCCGACGAGCUGUUCAAUGAGGUGACCCAAGACGCAUCUGGCAAAGGUGCAUCGCAGGGUAUGUUUGUCGGUUGCUUUGUGGACACGGCGACGGGCAUAAUACGCUUCACCUGCGAGGGCAAGGAAACCUCGCAUCGCUGGAUGAUGGAACCGGAUACCAAACUGUUUCCGGCCAUUUUCGUCGAAGCCACCAGCAAGGAGAUCCUGCAAAUUGAGCUGGGACGUACGCCAACCACGCUCCCACUGUCGGCAGCCGUGCUGCCCACCAGUGACAAGCACAUCAAUCCCCAGUCCCCGCCUCGUUUGAAGGUGCAGUGCCUGCGUCCGCAUCAAUGGGCGCGUGUGCCCAACACCUCACUACAGGUGCAUGCGUUGAAGCUGUCCGAUAUUCGGGGCUGGUCAAUGCUCUGCGAGGAUCCUGUAUCAAUGCUGGCCCUGCACAUACCCGAAGAGGAUCGCUGCAUCGAUAUAUUGGAGCUGAUUGAGAUGGAUAAACUGCUGUCCUUCCAUGCUCACACUCUCACGCUCUACGCUGCGCUGUGCUAUCAAUCGAAUUAUCGUGCCGCGCACGCGCUCUGCCAGCAUGUCGAUCAGAAGCAACUGCUCUAUGCCAUACGGUCGGAGUAUAUGAGUGGACCACUGCGUCAGGGAUUCUAUGAUCUGCUGAUAGCGCUGCAUCUGGAAUCGCAUGCCACCACAAUGGAGGUAUGCAAAAAUGAAUAUAUUACACCGUUGGGCCCCGAACUGAAGGAACUUUACGCUGAGGAUGAGAUGCGUCACUCACUUCGUUCCCUUGUCACGGAGUCUGUGCGUCCGCAGUUGCGUAUGACGGAAAUCACUCCCCCUGUGAUUGCAACAUCUAGUAUGCCAAGUGUUUCCAGCGAACCGAUACCCAACAUCGAUCAGUUGUAUUCCCCGAAGUUCCCAUUAGAAGUAGUCAGAGAAUUUGUAAUGGAGGCACUCAAAGAUGCUGUGGAAAUAAAUCAAGUGCAUAACCGUGAUCCCAUUGGUUGGACCAACGAAAAUCUAUUCUUGCCACUCAUCAAGCUAACGGAUCGCCUACUGUUAGUUGGCGUCCUUACUGAUGAGGACGUACAAAAACUAUUAGUAAUGGUGGAUCCAGAAACUUGGGACCCCACUUUCGAAAGAGAGGGAAAAGAUGAGCACCGCAAAGGUUUGCUCACCAUGAAAAUGGCUGAAGGAGCUAAGCUACAAAUGUGCUACCUAUUGCAUCAUCUAUACGACACACAGCUCCGGCAUCGGGUGGAGAGCAUUAUAGCAUUCUCUCACGAUUUUGUGGGCGAUCUGCAAACCGAUCAGUUGCGCCGUUAUAUUGAGAUUAAACAAUCCGAUUUGCCAAGUGCUGUUGCGGCCAAAAAGACUAAGGAAUUCCGUUGUCCACCCAGAGAACAAAUGAAUCAGAUUCUUUGCUUCAAGAAUCUCGAAGCUGACGAUCAGGACAAUUGCACCUGUGGUCUUGAGUUGCGCAGUCGCUUAAGCGAAUUCCACGACUCUCUAAUGCAAAAGGUAUCGCUGAAUGCGCUGCAGGAGCCGGAUGGUACUGAGACAAAUGCAAUCGAAGAGAUCAAAACGGGACCCAUAACCAAGAUCUACAAUUUCAUCAAUACCGUCAAGGAGCUAGAGGAGGGACCCAAAGAAGUGGAGGAGCCUGAGAAAAAGACACCCGAAGAGGUUUUCCGCAAAGUUCUAAUCAAAACCAUCGUCAGCUGGGCUGAGGAAUCACAAAUCGAGAAUCCAAAAUUAGUUCGCGAAAUGUUCAGCUUACUGGUACGGCAAUACGAUACGGUCGGUGAGCUGGUACGUGCUCUGGAGAAGACCUAUGUGAUCAACAAUCGCGCACGAGAUGAUGUGGCUGAGAUGUGGGUUGGCUUAAGCCAGAUUCGUGCAUUGCUGCCCGUACAAAUGAGCCAAGAAGAAGAGGAGCUGAUGCGUAAGCGCUUAUGGAAACUGGUAAACAAUGCCACAUUCUUCCAGCAUCCGGAUUUGAUACGCAUCUUACGUGUGCACGAAAACGUAAUGGCCGUCAUGAUGAAUACUCUAGGCCGUCGUGCGCAGGCACAAAGCGAUGCUCCCGCCCAGACCGAGGGAGCGGAGGGCGUGCCCUCAAAGGAGAAAGACACCUCGCACGAAAUGGUUGUGGCUUGUUGUCGCUUCCUGUGCUACUUUUGCCGUACCGGACGUCAGAAUCAGAAGGCCAUGUUCGAUCACUUUGACUUUUUGCUGGACAAUGCGAACAUAUUGUUAGCCAGGCCCAGUCUGCGUGGUUCCACCCCAUUGGAUGUGGCAUAUUCGAGUUUAAUGGAGAACACAGAAUUAGCUCUGGCACUUAGGGAACACUAUUUGGAGAAGAUUGCAGUUUACCUGUCCAGAUGUGGAUUGCAGAGCAAUUCUGAGCUGGUCGAGAAGGGCUAUCCCGAUUUGGGCUGGGACCCGGUCGAGGGUGAACGAUAUCUGGACUUUUUGCGCUAUUGCGUUUGGGUCAAUGGCGAGAGUGUCGAGGAGAACGCCAACCUUGUCAUUCGUCUUCUUAUCCGUCGUCCAGAAUGUUUGGGACCGGCUCUAAGAGGAGAAGGAGAAGGUCUCUUCCGUGCAAUCGUCGAGGCCAAUCGUAUGUCGGAGCGCAUAUCGGAUCGUUGCAAAAUGCAAGACGAGGCCGAAGGCACCAUAGCUGGACUUAAUUUUACCCAUCCCCUACCAGAAGGCGACGAAGAUGAGGACUAUAUCGAUACAGGUGCCGCCAUAUUGAAUUUCUAUUGUACACUUGUUGACCUGCUGGGCAGAUGCGCCCCCGACGUGUCUGUCAUCGAGCAAGGCAAGAAUGAAUCACUGAGAGCUAGAGCUAUUUUGAGAUCUCUUGUGCCACUGGAAGACCUUCAAGGUGUGCUUAGCCUAAAGUUUACGCUCACCCAAACUGCUCCCGGUGAGGAGAAACCAAAAUCGGAUAUGCCGUCUGGCCUCUUACCCAAUAACAAGCAGAGUAUUGUCCUAUUUUUGGAACGUGUUUACGGCAUAGAGACACAAGAUCUAUUCUAUCGGCUGCUCGAAGACGCUUUUCUCCCAGAUCUGCGUACAGCCACAAUUUUGGAUAAGAGUGACGGCUCAGAGAGCGAUAUGGCAUUGGCCAUGAAUCGCUAUAUUGGCAACUCCAUUUUGCCACUGCUUAUCAAGCACUCAAAGUUCUAUAACGAGGCUGAGAACUAUGCAAGUCUCUUGGAUGCCACGCUGCACACGGUCUAUAGGUUAUCCAAGAACCGUAUGCUAACCAAGGGACAGCGAGAGGCAGUAUCCGAUUUUCUAGUAGCGUUGACGUCACAAAUGCAACCUGCCAUGCUCUUAAAGCUAUUGCGCAAGUUGACUGUUGAUGUAUCCAAGCUAUCCGAAUAUACGACCGUCGCACUCAGGCUGCUCACACUGCACUUCGAUCGCUGCGCUAAGUACUAUGGCUCGACUCAAGGCCAAGGCUCGUAUGGAGCUUCGUCAGAUGAGGAGAAGCGUCUAACGAUGCUUCUCUUCUCAAAUAUUUUUGACUCGCUGAGCAACAUGGACUAUGACCCGGAACUGUUCGGUAAAGCAUUGCCCUGCCUAAUUGCCAUCGGCUGUGCCCUGCCACCAGACUACAGCUUAUCGAAGAAUACCGAUGAGGACUAUUAUGGCAGACAAAUGGGCGCACCAGAUCAACCGCAAUAUGUGCCAAAUCCAAUUGAUACGAACAAUGUACAUUUGGACAAUGAUUUGAAUUCGUUGGUUCAAAAGUUCAGCGAGCAUUAUCACGAUGCUUGGGCCAGUCGCCGUUUGGAGGGAGGCUGGACAUAUGGCGAAAUUCGAUCCGAUAUCGAACGCAAGCACCCACGCCUAAAGCCCUACAAUAUGCUCAGCGAAUAUGAGCGUGAACGCUACCGAGAUCCGGUGCGUGAAUGCCUCAAAGGUCUCUUGGCCAUUGGCUGGACCGUUGAGCACUCUGAAAUCGAUUUGCCACUCAAUCAUCGUGGCUCUACGCGUCGUCAAUCGAAGCCCCAAAUUCAUGAUUUUCAGAAUGAGGGCAACCCCUUCAACUAUAAUCCACAUCCUGUGGACAUGAGCAACCUGACGCUCAGCAGAGAAAUGCAAAAUAUGGCCGAACGUCUGGCCGAAAACUCUCAUGAUAUUUGGGCGAAGAAGAAGAACGAAGAGUUAAAUGGAUGCGGCGGAGUUAUACAUCCACAAUUGGUGCCCUAUGACCUGCUCACCGACAAGGAGAAGAAGAAGGAUCGUGAGCGCUCUCAGGAGUUCCUCAAAUACAUGCAGUAUCAGGGAUACAAAUUGCACAAGCCCUCGAAGGGUGGCGCUGUUGAGGAAGGCGGUGCCACACAAGCUGCCGUUGAGUUGCGCUUCUCCUAUUCACUGCUAGAGAAGCUCAUCCAAUAUCUGGACCGUGCCACCAUCAACAUGAAGCUACUGAAGCCAUCGACCACGUUCAGCCGACGCAGCUCCUUCAAGACGGCAUCGCGGGACAUCAAGUUCUUCUCGAAGGUCGUGUUGCCUCUGAUGGAGAAAUAUUUCUCGACGCAUCGCAAUUAUUUUAUCGCUAUUGCCACGGCAACGAAUAACAUAGGCGCCGCAUCGCUAAAGGAGAAGGAAAUGGUUGCCUCCAUAUUCUGUAAAUUGGCUGCUCUGUUGCGCAAUCGCCUGAGCGCCUUUGGACCUGAUGUACGCAUCACCGUGCGCUGCCUGCAAGUGCUGGUCAAGGGCAUCGAUGCCAAGACUUUGACCAAGAACUGCCCCGAAUUCAUACGCACAUCGAUGCUGACGUUCUUCAAUCAAACUUCUGAUGAUCUGGGCAACACGAUCAUGAAUCUACAGGAUGGCAAGUACAGCCAUUUGCGUGGCACACAUCUAAAGACCUCCACGUCGCUGGGUUAUGUAAAUCAGGUGGUGCUACCGGUGCUGACUGCGAUGUUUGAUCACCUGGCUGCCUGUGAUUACGGCAGUGAUCUGCUGCUUGACGAAAUUCAAGUGGCCUCUUAUAAGAUUUUAGCUGCCCUAUAUCACUUGGGCACCGAUGCGACACUGACACACGAUCGCAAAUAUUUGAAAACGGAAAUCGAGAGGCAUCGACCUGCCUUGGGCUCCUGCUUGGGCGCCUACAGCUCGUGCUUCCCAGUUGCCUAUUUGGAGCCGCAUCUCAAUAAGCACAAUCAGUACUCUUUGCUCAAUCGCAUUGCAGACCAUUCGCUGGAGGCCCAGGACAUUAUGGUCAAAAUGGAAAGCUGUAUGCCCAAUUUGGAAGCAAUCCUCAAUGAAGUGGAUCAGUUUGUUGAGUCGGAUAAGACUUAUGCCGAUGCACCGCACAUCAUCGAUGUUAUAUUGCCGUUGCUCUGCGCCUAUUUGCCUUUCUGGUGGUCUCAGGGUCCGGAUAACGUGAGUCCGACCAGUGGCAAUCAUGUGACCAUGGUCACCGCGGAUCACAUGAACUCGCUGCUGCGCAAUGUGCUCAAGAUGAUCAAGAAGAACAUUGGCAAUGAUAACGCGCCCUGGAUGACACGCAUUGCGGCCUACACCCAGCAGAUAAUCAUCAAUACAUCAGAGGAGCUACUCAAGGAUCCAUUCCUGCCACUGGCGGAGCGAGUCAAGAAGCGUACCGAGAACAUGCUGCACAAGGAGGACAGCAUGCGAGGAUUUAUAAAAUCGGCCACAGAUGAUACUUCGCAAGUGGAGACGCAACUACAAGAGGAUUGGAAUUUGCUUGUGCGAGACAUAUACUCAUUUUAUCCGCUACUCAUCAAAUACGUGGAUCUGCAGCGCAAUCAUUGGCUAAAGGAUAACAUCCCUGAGGCCGAAGAGCUGUACAAUCAUGUUGCCGAGAUCUUCAAUAUCUGGUCAAAGAGUCAAUACUUCUUGAAGGAGGAGCAAAACUUUAUAUCGGCCAAUGAAAUUGAUAAUAUGGCUCUGAUAAUGCCAACGGCGACGCGACGAUCGGCCAUAUCCGAGGGCGUGCCGGCAGUGGGUGGCAAGGUCAAGAAGAAGAAGAAGAACAGAGACAAGAAACGUGACAAGGACAAGGAGGUGCAAGCCAGUUUAAUGGUUGCCUGUCUGAAGCGUCUACUGCCCGUAGGCCUCAAUCUAUUCGCUGGUCGCGAACAGGAGCUGGUGCAGCAUUGCAAGGAUAGAUACUUGAAGAAGAUGAACGAAUACGAUGUCAUAGAAUUCGCACGCAAUCAGUUGACAUUGCCCGACAAACUGGACCCAUCCGAUGAGAUGUCGUGGCAGCAUUACCUCUACUCGAAACUGGGCAAGACUGAGGAGCCAGUCGAUGAGCAGGCCUUGGAGAAGGUGAAUGCCAAUUCGAAUGAGAAGGGUAAAGACAAGACGACAGAGACGGUUGAUCGAAUUGUGGCCAUGGCUAAAGUUCUAUUUGGCCUGCAUAUGAUCGACCAUCCACAACAGCAGAGCAAAAAUGUCUACAGGAGCGUUGUGUCAAUACAAAGGAAGCGUGCCGUUAUCGCAUGUUUCCGUCAGACAUCGCUACAUUCUCUACCCAGACAUCGUGCUUGCAAUAUCUUUGCUCGCACCUACUACGAGCAAUGGCUGCAGGAGGAGAACGUCGGCCAGGAGGUGAUGAUCGAGGAUCUGACGCAAACAUUUGAAGAGUCGGAGAAAUCGAAGAAGGAUGAAGAGGAAACGGACGGCAAGCCAGAUCCGUUGACUCAGCUGGUGACCACCUUCUGUCGUGGUGCUAUGACAGAACGCAGUGGCGCACUUCAGGAGGAUUUACUGUACAUGUCCUAUGCACAAAUCGCAGCCAAGUCUUGCGGCGAAGAGGAAGAGGAAGGCGGCGACGAAGGCGAAGGGGGUGAAGGCGGCGAAGAGGGCGAAGGCACAAGUAUUCAUGAACAAGAAAUGGAGAAACAGAAGCUACUGUUCCAUCAAGCGCGUCUGUCGAAUCGUGGCGUUGCCGAAAUGGUGCUGUUGCACAUAUCCGCCUCCAAAGGUAUACCUUCGGAGAUGGUCAUGACGACACUCAAUUUGGGCAUCGCCAUACUGCGUGGCGGUAACAUCGACAUUCAAAUGGGUAUGUUGAAUCACUUGAAGGAGAAGAAGGAUGUGGGCUUCUUCACCUCCAUAGCCGGGCUGAUGAACUCGUGCAGUGUGCUCGAUCUGGAUGCAUUCGAGCGCAACACAAAGGCCGAGGAGUAUAUUCCAAGUGCGGGUGCAGGUCUUGGUGUCGGCUCGGAAGGCGCUGCGGGUGAGAAGAAUAUGCACGAUGCGGAGUUCACGUGUGCUCUAUUCCGAUUCAUUCAGCUAACCUGCGAGGGUCACAACUUGGAAUGGCAAAACUAUUUACGUACCCAGGCGGGCAAUACGACUACGGUGAAUGUGGUCAUCUGUACGGUGGAUUAUUUGCUGCGUCUGCAGGAAUCGAUUAUGGACUUCUAUUGGCACUAUUCUAGCAAGGAGAUCAUUGACCCAGCUGGCAAGGCGAACUUCUUUAAAGCCAUCGGCGUGGCUAGCCAAGUGUUCAAUACCCUCACUGAGGUCAUCCAGGGUCCGUGUACCUUGAAUCAGCAAGCCUUGGCCCAUUCCAGAUUGUGGGAUGCGGUCGGCGGUUUUCUAUUUCUAUUUUCGCAUAUGCAGGACAAACUCUCGAAGCAUUCGAGUCAGGUGGAUCUGCUAAAGGAGCUGCUCAAUCUACAAAAGGAUAUGAUCACCAUGAUGUUAUCCAUGCUGGAAGGCAAUGUUGUGAAUGGCACAAUUGGCAAGCAGAUGGUGGAUACCCUUGUUGAGUCGGCUAGCAAUGUUGAGCUGAUUCUCAAGUAUUUCGAUAUGUUCCUGAAAUUGGCCGACUUGAUUGAGUCGCCCAGUUUCCAUGAGAUUGAUAUGAAGAACGAGGGCUGGGUAAUACCCAAGGAUUUCAGAGACAAAAUGGAGCAGUCCAAGAACUACACACCGGAGGAAAUGGAUUUCCUUUUGGCUUGCUGUGAACGCAAUCACGAAGGCAAAAUAGAUUAUAGAGCCUUUGUCGAACGUUUCCACGAGCCAUCAAAGGAGAUCGGUUUCAACCUGGCUGUGCUGCUGACCAAUCUCAGUGAACACAUGCCCAAUGAGCCGCGCCUGGCGCGCUUCCUAGAGACCGCUGGCUCUGUGCUGAACUAUUUCGAGCCGUUCCUGGGUCGCAUCGAAAUCUUGGGCAGCUCGAAGCGUAUUGAGCGUGUUUACUUCGAGAUCAAGGACUCGAACAUCGAGCAAUGGGAGAAGCCACAGAUUCGCGAAUCGAAACGCGCCUUCUUCUACUCGAUUGUCACGGAGGGCGGCGACAAGGAAAAGCUGGAAGCAUUUGUUAACUUCUGUGAGGAUGCGAUCUUUGAGAUGACCCACGCCUCUGGCCUGAUGGCCACGGACGAUGGCGGCGGCAAUGUGAAACGGGAUACGGCCUACAGUUCCUACAUGAGCGAAGAGGAGGAAGAGCGCGCCGCUCGCGAUCCGAUUAGACGCACAAUAACUGCUGUAAAGGAUGGCCUGAAGUUCGGAGUUCACAUGUUGAGUCCCUCAAACAUCAAGCACCAAAUUGGAGUUAUGCAAACAAAAUCGAUACCUGAACUGAUUGUUGGAUUCUUUAAGAUAAUCUUCUAUAUGUUCUACUACACGGGUUACGCCCACUACUGUGUGGUGCGCUAUAUCUUUGGCAUACUGUUGAAUCUGAUGCGUGGUCCCGCACCCGAGCAGGAGGAUGAAGUGGCUGUAGUUGAAGAGGAGACAUUUGGACGUGCGCUGCCGCCGUUGCCGCUGGAGGAGCCACCGGGCCCGGUACAAGCAUUCGGCUUGGACAUAAACAAAGAGGAAAACGGCGUGUACAAGGUGGUGGUCCACGAGUCGCCAGCCAGCUCAUCUGUGGAGGAGGGCGGUGAGUCUAGCCCAGAAGAUGGCGCAGCUCCAACCGGAGAACUAGUCGAAGGCGAACUGCAUCAGGAACCCAUUUCAAUUGUCGAUAUGCUCGGCGGUGAGGCGGCUAAGAAGGCAGCUCAGGAGCGUCAGGAGGCACAGAAGGCCCAAGAGGCAGCCAUGGCAUCCAUUGAAGCCGAGGCCAAGAAGUCAUCGGCAGCACCACAAGAGACACCAGCGGUGCACCAGAUCGACUUCUCGCAGUACACGCACCGCGCUGUCAGCUUCUUGGCUCGCAACUUCUACAAUUUGAAAUAUGUGGCGCUCGUCUUGGCUUUCAGCAUUAACUUUAUGUUGCUCUUCUACAAGGUGACCUCAUUCAACGAGGAAUCAGAAGGCUCGGCCGAAGAGGAGCUUAUUCUGGGCUCUGGUUCGGGCGCUGGUGCUGAUAUGGCUGGCUCUGGUCUGGGUGGCUCGGGCGAUGGGUCGGGCGAUGGCGAUUUCGAAGACGAUGACAUACCGGAACUGGUGCACGUGGAUGAGGACUUCUUCUAUAUGGAGCAUGUGCUGCGCAUUGCCGCACUGCUCCACUCCCUGGUAUCGCUGGCCAUGCUCAUCGCUUACUAUCAUCUAAAGGUGCCGCUGGCCAUAUUCAAGCGAGAGAAGGAAAUUGCACGUCGUCUGGAAUUCGAUGGUCUCUUCAUAGCCGAGCAGCCGGAGGAUGAUGACUUCAAGUCCCACUGGGAUAAGCUGGUCAUAUCGGCCAAGAGUUUCCCUGUCAACUACUGGGAUAAAUUUGUCAAGAAGAAGGUCAGACAAAAGUACAGUGAGACCUACGACUUUGACUCAAUCUCGAAUCUGCUGGGCAUGGAGAAGAGCGCCUUUACGGCACAGGAGAGCGAGGAGACGGGCAUUCUGCGCUACAUCAUGAACAUCGAUUGGCGCUAUCAGGUGUGGAAGGCUGGAGUCACCUUUACGGACAACUCCUUCCUCUACUCCCUGUGGUACUUCAGCUUCUCGGUGAUGGGCAACUUUAACAACUUCUUCUUUGCCGCCCAUUUGCUGGAUGUGGCCGUUGGCUUUAAGACACUGCGCACGAUUCUGCAGUCCGUAACCCACAAUGGCAAACAGCUCGUCCUGACCGUGAUGCUCCUGACGAUUAUCGUUUAUAUAUACACGGUGAUUGCGUUCAACUUCUUCCGCAAGUUCUACAUACAGGAGGAGGAUGAGGAGGUGGACAAGAAGUGCCAUGACAUGUUGACCUGUUUCGUCUUCCAUUUGUACAAGGGCGUUAGAGCAGGCGGUGGCAUUGGCGACGAAAUUGGGGAUCCGGAUGGAGAUGAUUAUGAAGUCUAUCGCAUCAUCUUCGACAUCACAUUCUUCUUCUUCGUCAUUGUCAUCCUGUUGGCCAUCAUCCAGGGUUUGAUUAUCGACGCCUUCGGCGAGCUGCGUGAUCAAUUGGAAUCGGUCAAGGAUAAUAUGGAAUCGAAUUGCUUUAUUUGUGGCAUGGGUAAGGACUUCUUUGAUAUAGUCCCGCAUGGCUUCGAUACGCACGUGCAGAAGGAGCACAAUCUGGCCAACUAUAUGUUCUUCCUGAUGCAUUUGAUCAAUAAACCGGAUACCGAGUACACCGGCCAGGAGACGUACGUGUGGAAUAUGUAUCAACAGCGCAGCUGGGACUUCUUCCCAGUGGGCGACUGCUUCCGCAAGCAGUACGAGGACGAACUCUCUGGCGGCGGCGGUGGCGGAGGCUGAGCUCCUGGGCUCCACUUAGUCGCGUUUUUACUACAAUUUCUAUGAUGAUCGUUAAUAUCUCUAUUAUAAUAUUGAUAUAUGUUUGAAUUCUCUCAAUAAUAAAUCAUAUUCUAAUUAAUUUAAGUAUAUAUUUUACAUACAAUACGGAUGCUCGACCAAAUAAAUCGAUUCAUUUUUACCGAAGUUGAAAGCAA